UAUAUAUAUAUAUAUAUAUAUAUUUAUGGAUUGGUAUGUUAUUGUUUCCCGGUUCUCUCUCGUCUUCUCCAAAAUCGAAGCGUUCUUCAAUCUUUGCGUUUAGACCACCAACCAGUCUUUGCUUUCGCAUUCCUCGUUUUGGUUUCGUUUUCUAAUCGGCUCUUGUUUAGGAGCUCUGUGUUAUCAAUGGAGGGCGGAGUUGGGUUAGCGGCGACGACGCAGCCGCAGCAACCACCACCACCGGUGGUUGAGAAGCUGAAUCCGAAAUUGGAGAAGGAACUAAAUCUGGAGUCAUUGAAGACACGAGCCCUUAGUUUAUUCAAAGCUAUUUCUCGGAUCCUUGAAGAUUUUGACGCUUAUGGUCGAACCAACACUACUCCUAAAUGGCAGGAUAUAUUAGGGCAAUACUCAAUGGUAAAUCUGGAGCUUUUUAACAUUGUGGAAGAGGUGAAGAAAGUUUCCAAUGCGUUUGUUGUUCUUCCUAAGAACGUCAAUGCCGUGAAUGCUGGAAUUUUACCGGUUAUGUUGUCUUCCAAAUUACUACCGGAGAUGGAAACUGAUGAUAAUGCCAAGAGGGAGCAGUUGCUUCAGGGCGUUCAGAGUUUGCCAAUACCGAUGCAGAUUGAAAGGCUAAAGGCGAGGAUGGAUAUGAUUGCAGCAGCUUGUGAAAAUGCAGAGAAAGUAUUAGCUGAUACUCGUAAAGCUUACGGAUUUGGCGCUCGUCAAGGCCCAUCUGUGCUUCCAACCAUGGAUAAAGGUGAAGCUGCAAAGAUUCAAGAGCAAGAGAACAUGCUACGAGCAGCUGUGAACGACGGCGCAGGAACAAGACUGCCUCCAGACCAGAGACAGAUAACCACUGCACUUCCACCACAUCUUGCAGAUGUGCUAAUUAUCAACGAUGCAGGUAAGAUUGCAUUACCUGGGCAGUCAAACAACAUCAACAAUCAAGGAAUGAUGCAGGUUUCUGGAACACAAUUCAUGGGAAGAUCAGCUGCAUCACCAUCUGGUCCUAACUUUGAUAACACAACAUCUCCAUUACCAUAUUCCAAUUCUCCUCGCGCUACGGGUAUGGUUAAUGCACCUUCGCCUCAGCAACAAAUCCUGCACCAACAGCUUCAGCAGCAGCAAAGGGCAAAAUUAAUGCAGAUGCCUCAACAUCAGCAGCAACUACUUGCACAACAACAACAGCUCAGACAAAGUUCUAUGCAAGGAUUGGGUCAGAGCCAGAUACCAGCACUUCACGAUUUGCAUGGACAACCUCAGCAGAAGUUUCAGACGUUACAUGGGCAACAUCAAAUGUCAUAUUCCCAGCCAAUGGCUGGGCACCAACAACUCCAAGCUAGACAGCUCUCAGGUGGACAUAUUCAGCAUAGCAUGUCUCAAGGACAGCUGAAUCCAGCGAUGAACCGUCACUUAAACCAGUUUUCAAGUGGCGCCAAUAGUGCAUUGUUUACUUCUGCACAAGGCUCCCCAAGUAGCCAAAUGAUACCAAACAUGUCAUCUAUGCAAUCUCAGACAGUGGUUCCUAGGAUGCAGCAAUUUGGAGUUUCGGGUACAAAUCCUCAAAGAAGCCAUUCUUCUCAAAUGUUGGGUGACCAGAUGUUUAACAGCAGCGGAAUGAUGCAAACGCAGCAAUCGCAACCUCAGCAACCGCAACAACAGCAGCAGCAACAACAACAAGGAGGAGGCUAUGGAAAUAUGCAGACAAAUCAGCAGCUACAGUCUAAUAAUAACAUGAUGCAGCAGAACGCGCAGCAAAGGCACCAACAGAAUCCUCAAUAAUCCUUUUUUUCUUAUGAUUUGGGCUUGUUGUAAUCAGCAUAGGCCUAUACGUUUGUAGUACUCUAAAAUGGGCCUGGCUCAUUCUAAACCUCAAAAGAAAGAACAUUGAUACCCCCGCCAAACUUUUCUCAAGUUUUUGUACUUUACUUCACA